CAUGUGUGACUAAGCUGUUUACCCGCCUCAGGCAUCUAUGAGCUCACCGGAUCGAGAGUAUAAAGAUCUGGGAAAAGAGUGGAAGUAAUUGAUGCAGAAUCUAAAAUAACGAAACACUUAUUUCCUUUGGCUCAUUCAACAGUCAAGCUCUAUUGUUUAUCAUGUAUCUAUGGUUUCAUGUUCCAUCUCACAUCCCAAAGACGAUCUGCAGAAGAGCUGCUGCAUCAUCAACAGGGACCCACUCCACACCAACAAUGUUUGGCCAGACCUCCGCACUUCAACCGCAUGGUUCUUGAUAUCAUUAUCUUCCCCCCGGCAUUCUUCUCGACUCGCAGCCUGCCCAAAAUCUAAAUUCUAAUUUGAACCGCAAAUCCUUUGAAUUGAGAAACCACAGAUUAGGAGAAUUCAUAGUCUGAUUUUUCGCGCUGCGGAGUCUCCAAAGGCCGGUCGAUCGGUGCGUACCGCAAAUCUUGUCGUCCAUUCUUGACCUUACGACGCUUAUACUGUCGAGGAUCUGGAGGACUGUCCUUUACCGGUCUGACGGGAAUAUAAUUGCCAUAAAUGUCUUGAUACACCAGCGUUCGGCCGACGCCCAGAGGAACCAACGUCUUGCGGCGGGCCGAUCCUCGAUCAACAAGUCCUUGAGAGUACAAGAGACCCUUGUUCCUUGGUGUGGCAGGUACAGCUCUGCCUUCUGCAUGUCCUGGCGUUUGUUUAACCUCUCCAGUCCUCGACGGGAGAGCUUGCUUCAACCCCAAAGAACCCUGAUCUUUGUGCGCUUGACCCAAGGGUUUCGAGAAAGGCUUAACAAUUGUGGCUUGGAUCGCCUGGACGACAUCAUUAACCUCGCAAGCAUGAUCCUUGGCAAAUUGCUCGAAUGGAAAGCUGCGAAUGAUAGCCUUUGCCAGGUCGCUGAAGAACUCGUUGGUAAAUGGAGACGCUUUGUCUGGAGCUGGUUCAAUCGAAUCGGUAGUUUCAUGGUCCUUUUCGACAGAAGAAUCCUUGAGGGAGCCGAAACCAUUGUUCUCCGCGCCGAGAAUCCUAGUAUUUCCCUUUUGAGCAGUGGGCGCCCUGUCCGAGCCAUAUUCCAGAAGGGGUGAAAGAAGACGCUCGCUCGGCAUGGUGACGGUCUUUGUAGAGGAUCGGUAUCGAGAGAUUGAAUUCCGCUGGACAAGCUGUUUUUGCAGGGGAAGAUUGUAGACUAAACGGGGUUUGAAAAAGUCCAUUGUAGGGAACUGAUUAUUUGAUUCUGCCAGAUGAUCCAAGCACUUAGUUGCAGUGAAUAAAUAAAAUUCCCUCUUUGAUGCUCUUUGAUGCCAGUACAAAUGUCGCCGCCUGAGGCAUAAAGGGAUACAACUGAAAGCCGACAAAGCAACGAGAUCUCUAGGCGCCAAGCUGUCUCACCCACCCUCGAGGCAACAAAUAUCUGUAUGGUCUCCACCAGUCAAAUGCUUCGGGUCGACUUCAGAGCACACUCUUUACCUGCAUUGACGAGGCCAUGCCGAUCUCCUUGGCCCAUCCACGUUCCAGCUGUUUUUCGACAAGAUUUUCUCCGAGCGCCACCACGACAAUGGUUGGCGGAUGACUGCGGGAUUCUCCAAUAGCCCUUCCACAGCAAUCAGCACUGACUAAUGCCUGACAACGCCCUCUGGACCCUCUGGAGCCGGCCUCUUUUAAGUUCCCUCUCCCUCGCUUCUCUCUUCCGCUUUUCCUUCCCCAAGUUUCAUCACAACACCCCCAAUGGAUCCUAUAGAGCCGGCAGGCCCGUCUCAGGACCAUCUCUUGCGGCCCCCGCUGCAAACGCGGCGUUCGUCCGCGGCAAAUACUCUUUCACAAUGGCCGACGUCAUCGCAGACCAGACCGCGCGCUGGUUCAAUGCGCUCAAACACCUCCUCAAUUCGACUUCAACGCCCACCCUCGAUCGGGGCGUUUCCCCCACUUGAGCAAACCACAUCGAAUAUCGACGCCGGCAAUGUCAGAAGUCAAGUCUCUCAUACCGCUGUCUCCCCUAUCGAGGAGCAGACCGAUGGGUCCGGCUGGGAAGGUGGCCGUCGCCGCAGCAAUUCUGAACCGCGCCCUGGACGAUGGUCCGCACCCAACCCGACUAUUUUACCACGACUUCAAGCUGGCGAGCCUAUGAACACCGUGAUGGAGGAACCAAACGCUCAGACCUCUAUUGGUGCCCGCCGACCGAUCUCGGAGGUCGACAGGCCAUCUAUCUUACCGGCACUGGUGCACCCUCGAAGGAACUUUAUGCGAAGGACGAGUGAGGCGGCGAUGAAUCGAAUCUCAAGGAACCGAGCUUCAACUGUUGGCGGGGCUACUCCUGUGCCCGGCACGGAUGUUCGGGAGUACGACUCUCAUCUUGUGGAUGUCCUAGAUGUUAUUGACCCGGAAGUAUCAGCUCUAACUACGCUUACGAACGUGCAAAACUCAUUGUUCGUCCCAAAUCUGGGCUCAUUCCUGACUCGCAAUCAAACGUAUACUCUCUCGCCUCCGCCUGCGUUGGAAAAAGACGAAUCAACAUCAACAGAAGAAGAUGAGGAGAAGGAAGAACGAGAAGGUCACGAAACUCGUCCAGGUUUGGAAAGACGAGCCACGGAUAUAUCAGCGAUAUUAGAUGAUGGAGAACCCCGGUUUGCCAUCUUGCCAGAUGGACAAACGCUCAAUGGUUGGACCCAUGAAGAAGUCGAGCAGCUGAAUGACCAUGUACGACAUAUGCUUCAUUCACGCCGCUCGAAGUUCAAACGAUCUAUGAAAGGUUUUGGAAAAUAUGUCUCGAAGCCUCUUGGUUUUUUGAUUACUCUAUACGCAACCCUUAUUACUCUCUUUGGACUUGCUUGGGUGCUUUUCCUCAUCGGUUGGAUCAAUGUUGGUGGGCGACAGUUGGAAAUCAUCAACUAUAUCGACUACGUACUGGUGGCCCUCUUCGCCGUCAUGGGCGAUGGGCUGGCCCCGUUCCGUGCAGUCGACACAUACCACAUGAUAUUCAUCGCCCGCUACACGUUCCUAACGUGGAAGAUUCGCGAGAAGCGCCAUCUCCCAGAUCUGAAGGACAAGAACGAUCUACCAGGCUGUCCCGAGGGUCAAGUGGACCUCGAAGCCGGCAAUCCUCCCCCCAAGGAGAAAGAGGCUGAGGACGGCGAGAACGGCGAGAACGGCGAGAACGGCGACCACCAUGAGAACGAAUAUAGCGUGCUCACUCGGCAGCAGCAGCAGAAAUUGCAGCACCAUCAAAACAAGUUCGCCAAAUCCCAUACGUUCUACAAGCCCCACGAGACAUUCACUCACCAUGCCUUCCCGCUGCGCCUCCUCAUUGUCAUCGUCGUCCUUUUGGAUUUCCACUCGCUCUUCCAAAUCGCCCUUGGCGCUUGUACAUGGGGCAUUGACCACCAUAAGCGCCCCUUCGCCCUUACCACCGUUAUUCUCUGCUGCUCCCUUACCUGCAACAUUACCGGUGGCAUCCUAAUCAGUGUUGGAGACCACCGGACUCGGAAGAAGGAGGUUGUCGAGCGACUGUUCCGCCAGCAAUUGACCAAGGAAGCCAUGAAGAAGAUUGAGAAGAAGAAGAGAAAGGAAAAGGAAGAGGAGAAACAGGCUGGCGAACACUCGGGGUCGGUAUCCGAGUCUUCCACCAACAUGCCCCAGCCGUAUCAGGGUACAUGACAUGAUAUCUGGUCUUCAUCCCAAAUUCUUUUUCUUGGCAACCCAUUUUCUCCCCACAACUCAUUUAAUGCUGAUCUAUGAUCGCUACGAUUCAAAACACCUGUACGCCGUCCUGGCUAUAGAAUUCGCCUUACACACACUGACUUUGGCUCAUCCUUAUCUAACUAACCAUUAUACUCUGUUUCUGUUUUGGUUACGAUUAUCUCUUAUUUUAGCGUACGAAGUCCCCAGUGAUACCAUCAAGCGUUUUCUAUUUUUGUUCUCUCUGAGUGUACCCUAUCCUUUCUCUUACGUAUACUCCUAAUUAUCACGAGUCGACGGCAACACAAGCUUUUUGAUUACUUAUCAGGCCAUCGAGUAAAUUAAUUGUACCUGCCAAGCUACGCCCAUACAUCUGUGCAGAAAACGAAGAGCUGAUCACGCAG